UUUGUUGUGUUGAAGUCGUCGAUCUACUGGUACAACUGCGGAUCGUACCUUUGCUAGGCACCAUACCUUUGCUGCCUUUGCUGCCUUGGCGCACUGUCUGGGCGCUGAAAGCAGUUUAGAGGUCAUGUUUAGCAGUUUGUCGUGACAGUGUUAGUGCAUGCUGGAGGGGAAGACAGGUUUUAUCAUGCCAACGAAGGCGGACCUCCAUGCCAUGGAUUCGGGUUCCUGUGAAACGCGGAGCUGUUCGAGCUGGACGGACGACCUGCCGGCCUGCCAACUGUCGGCCGUCGGAUUUUGCGCGGGCCAGACGGCUGCCACCGACACGCCCAAGAACUCCGAGCAGACGUGUCAGGACUGUUGGUUCCGCUUCAGGCCCGAGCCGGACACGUGGGUGUACGGCCUGCUGAGUGCCCUGGGGGGCAUGAUGACGGCCGACUUUGCCCGCGAGCGCCUGCCGGCAGAACUCCUGCUCGGCCAGCUGGAGGCGGCUCCGGGCGACGUCCAAGUGCGCGACGUCCUGCGUCAAGGAUUCCUCCUUGUGGACCGUGCCUUUCUGCAGUCCAUUGACACGUUGCUUCUGAACAGGGCAACGCUGCAGCUGCAGUUGCAGAAUGUCUCUGCCUAUGAGCUGCUCACACGCCAGCCGAUGCUGGCUGACGAACUGUCCCGGGUGAAUCGGCAGAUCUCAGCCGCGUGUUCAGCCAGCCUGGCUGUCCUACGUCGGGGGCUCCUCUUCGUGGCGCAUGUCGGACUUGGCAGGGUCUUGCUGGUGCGCAAAGAUGGCAGCGCCCUGUCGGUGGAGCAACUCAGCGUGGAGCACAGCGUUUCCAAUGAGGACGAGCUGCUGCGGCUGGUGCAGCUGGGAUUGGAUCCCGAGGCCCUGAGGGCCCAGCCCCCUCCCUUGACCCGCUGCUUGGGGGGAUAUCUGCUCAAGGCAGGGCACAAGGAAAGCCCCCUCCUCAGGGAGGCUAAGGAGGAACCCGUGCUGGCCGAGCCGGAGAUUUGCGGAGGCAUUCGAGUCGACGAGAGCUGCCUCUACCUCCUGCUGCUGUCAGAGGGACUCUGUCAGGCGCUCAAGGACGCAGGCAUGCAAGACCCCAACCAGGAAAUUGCCCAGAUGGUGGAUCAAGAGGUGACGACGCAGAGCAGUCUGGCCCGCGCUGCUCAGACGGUGGUGAAUAGGGUGGCGCUCCUGCAAGCUACCUCGGGUGGACAGAGGUGCCAGGGUGGCCUCACGCUCCUGGUGCGACCACUACAGCAGCAACCAGAACGAAGGGAACCGGCACCGGCGGUCGACGAUCCGUCGGGCAUCAAUGUGGACACCCCGGAAUCCACGCUGAGCUCUUACGAGAGCGCCGGUCCAAGAAAGGCCCUGUUCCGACGGGGACAGAAGGCCCCGCCUCCGCUGGACGACGAGGGACGCCUGGAGCCCUACGUGGACUUCGGACCAUUCUUCACCCUCGCACAGGAGGCGGUCAGGCAGGGGACGUGGCCGUCCUACCUGGAGCUCUGAGAUGCGCCGAUCGAGCCGGAUACACUGUGGCUACGGGGAAGCGGCUACAACUCCUUUGCUUGGGUGCCGAUCUGGAUAGGCUAAGGCUGUGGCUAAGAGAAAGUGGCUACAACUCCUUUGCUUCGGUGUCCAGCUGGAUAGGCUACAACUGUGGCUAAGAGAAAGUGGCUACAACUACUUUGUUUGGCUGCCAAGCCGGAUACCCUGUGGCUGUGGCAACGGGCAAGCGGCUACAGCCCCUUUGCUUGGGCGAUGAGUGGGACACGAUGUGGUCGUGGCUACAAGUCCUUUGCUUGGGAGCGGCAGGACGCCAGCGGCUACAAUCAACAACACUCCCAACGACCGUGAAUGUUGGUUGACCAAGAUUCAAGGAUUGGCAUUCGAUGUAGUGACUACAAAGGUGCAGUGGCUAUAAGCAAUCCCAAGUGCAGAGGCCCCUGGAACCUGCCUAAUCUUUUUGCUCUCAGAGUUGUGGUGAUAGAGGAGAGGAGAGAGUCGAGUAUGCUAUGAGUACGGCUGUGGCUGCGGGGAAGCGACUACGGCUUUUUCUGCUUGGGUGCGGCCGGACAACGGCGUCUACUGCAGACAACGUUCCCGACAGCAGCAGAUGCUGGUCGACCAGAGAUCCAAGGACCAGCAUUUUAAGCUGCCAUGGCAAAUGGCAAUCUUAAGCGUAGUGGCCUUUGAGAACCGGCUAAGGGUCUGUUAAUCGAUGCAACGUCCAUGGCUACAGUGACCAACAUCUCGGGUAGCGGUGGCCAUGCGUGCACCAAAUGUCGAGGUUCAGUGUAUCCAAUCGAACAGCUGUGAGCACUAGUUAUCGAUCCUAACGGCUUCGAGUGCCGCACGUCAUUGGUGGCUAGGGUGUACAAUGUUUUUGGUGCUAGUGAUCAAGAGAAGAGCAUUCUAAAAAUCAGCUUGCAGUUACAAUGGCUACAAAGGAACCACUAUAGGGGCAAUGUGCACCGAAGAACAAGCUGAACUUGAACUUGGGCAUGGCACAACGGCCGCAGUCAGCAUCAACGGCUACGGGAGCUCGACACUACUGGCUACGUCGAGCAGCGCUCGCUCCCGAUGCCAGGGACGGGUGAAGUGACUGGUUGUGCAGGGAGCUACGGGGACUUGUCUAAACCGUUCCUAGCCAUCUGGCCCUUGGUGCUUUGUUAUGGUGGGAGUUGCAAGCAUGCCAGUAAAGGCCCGUUCACACUCUUGCGACCGAGUACGACUGAGAGAGACGAGAUCUCUUACAACUUCUUAAAUGUUUUUAGAAUGAGGGAACAUACUGACAUUGUGGCGCCAUCUAUGCGGUGACCCUGGAACUGCAUUUCACAAGAGCGAAGGUUUUGCAGGAUUUUCGAGGUCAAAUGUGCGUAAUACCCAUAGAAAGGCUCGUUUAUAACAUUGUCAAAAGUUUUUCGAGCCAAGAAAGAAAGGAUAAUUCUCGAGAAAUAAAAAAAAAAUAUGCCGGACCGCCGAGUUUACACUGCUUCCCAAUAGAUGGCGCCAGUGUAAUUUCUGGCUUAACAAGUUUUAAGGAACCCAGGUUCAAGAGGUCGCAAGAGUGUGAGCGGGCCUUGACUCUUAAAGUAAAAAAAAAAAAAAAAAAAAAGAAAGUUCCAAGUGUUGGAAGAAUGUGGAGGUGAUGCAAAUGUUGAGAAACUUGCUGUUGCAUGUCGAGAGUUCAUGGAGCUAUUGGUAUGAAGUCUACAAGGCGGUCAUAUGAUACAAACAGGCUGCAUCCCUGUGAACCAACGUGGUAAACAUUGGUAAUGUCGUAGAAAUAUUCCCUAUUUUAAGUUGUGGAAAGGCAGUUAAAUGCAAGGCCUGGUGCAGCACGAAAUGGGAGAUCAAAGUGAGUGACUUGCGUGGUAAAGAAUAAAUGUUGGCAAAGCACUAA